UGAAUUACAACCAGUUAACAAUGCAAGGGGGCUCCACACAGACUCCGAUCAGGAAAUUGACAACACACGUGACCUAAUCUCGCGUUAAACGAGAUGUUGACAAAAACGGUCUUGUAUUGCAAGCUCCAUACUGCGCCGCUAUCAGCAGUUGGCCAUGUGCGGCGGCAGGUUCACUGACUCUCUGUGCGCUCUGUGGAUGUAGCGGGCUACAGGCUUGUUCAUACUGAUAUGGAUUAAUCCACAUAUAUGAGCUACCUCCGCCAUGACGUCAUGCAAUCACGUGUUGUUCUCGGACGGCCUAAACCACACGGAGCCGGAACUGAAGGCUCGCCUCAUGCUGCUGGAGAACAGCGAGGCCCUCAACAAGCUGCCCGCCAUCUUGUUUAUAGGAGGGCUGCUUCUCAUCGGCUUCUGCGGCAACCUGCUCGUGUGUGCUGUGUACUAUUCCAAAUUCACUGCAAGUACGUCGAAAUACUUUAUCCUCAGUUUAGCCAUCUUUGAUUUGGUGAACUGUUUGAUUGCCAUCCCAGCUGAAAUGGUGGACUUGAGAUUUGAUUAUCACUUCAACUCACCGCAUGUGUGUAGGAUAAUGAGAUUCACAAUUACCUUCAACACUACAGCGUCAGCAGGCGCCUUACUCGCCAUUGCAAUUGAUCGGUACAGGAAAAUAUGUCGGCCGUUCGAGAGACAGAUGAGUUUGAAGGAGACUCGUCUGUGGAUUGUGUUCGCGGUGGUCGGGUCCCUGCUGCUGUCAUGGCCGGCGACACUGCUGUACGGGCGUCGUACAGAACAGAUGAGUGGGAUUGACACAUACGAUUGUUCCUUUGAUGACAGUGUUGUUGAUAAAUGGUACCCACAGGUGUACAUCGUCAUACUGACUGUGAUGUGUCUGGCUACCAUGGCCGCCCUGGUGGUCCUGUAUGUACUCAUUGUGGUACGCGUGUGGAGACAGAAGUCACGGAGGAAAAAGAUGUCACGGUCAGCCAUAACUAAAAACUCAUCAGCAUCACUUGCAGACUCAAUACGGAAGUUGAACUGCAUGGUGGGAAAUACGACGGAAGUGAUGCAGCUUAGUGCUGAUAGGGAUGCCAGUAUCUUGAGUACAGAGCAACGAAGGAGACAGAACUUAAACCAGAACCAAACCAUCAAAACAACAAUAAUGUUGUUCUGUGUCACAGUGGUUUUCAUUAUAAGUUUUAUUCCAUUCUUCGCAUUGCAGAUAAUUAAAAGUAUAUACCCUGGCUUUGAGGACGGCCUUCAUUGUAAUCACUCUGCUUUGAUCGCUUACAAACUUUUCCUGCGGUCCUUUUUCAUCAACAGUGCAGCAAAUCCUAUCAUUUACAGUUUCUGUAACGACGGGUUCCGUCUGGAGUGUAAGACAGUGGUGAGGAAAGUCUUCUGUUGUCUGUGCAAACAAAGCUCUUGCUGUCAAGCUCCGAAACCCUGUGAGGAGAUUAACGUUCCAAAUCAGUUCCGGAGUUUAGAAGCAGUCCCCGAUUGUUAACCCUAAUUAUAUAUACUGCAACAGUAAAGUAUUUUUUCAGGUAACACAUUUACAAUUGUGUGUUCAUAUAUUGAUAUCAGGUGAUAUUUUGUUCAUUAUACCUCUAUAUAAAAUAAAUUGUAUCUUUGAUGUA